GUUACUGAUUGCGCAUGCUGGUUUUGACAGCGGCAAUGAAAAACAACAGAUGUUUGUUUACUUUCGAAGCACGCCGCCGAUUUGCCGCUACACGUUGCUGUGGUUGCUAGAUUUUAUGUUUAAUUAAAACAUAAAGCGUCCAGAAAAAAAACAUACCUAGUUCUUACAUGAAUGAAAUAAGGUAAAAUGGUUCGAGUCAAGUACAGGUACAUAUUGGUGCAAAUACGAUGCAAUGAUCGACCAGCCAGCGAACCAGUAUCCAUUUCAUCUCAUGCCCUGUUCACGUACAUCAGCGAACAGGUGGAACGAUACUACGGAGAGUUCGGAAGUGCGAGCAUGCUGCGGCUGAAUGUAAUCUACUUCAAUGCCAAAACUCACCUUUGCAUCAUACAAACGCGACAUGGUCCACACCGUUUUAUCACCAGCAUUCUACCUCUGUUAACUGUCGCCGGCUCCGAAGUUGCUCGCUAUCGCACGCUCUAUGUGGGAGCAACCCUGAAGCAGUGUCAAAAGUUUAUUGUAAAAUAUCAACAUCGCUACAUUAACAAGACUAUCGGCGAAUAUCGAGGUGUGAUGCAGAAACAGAAGCUGAUCGAGGAUGUUACCAAGAUGAAGCAAUUGUAGAAGCGAGUGUAAGGUAAGCAAGGAUCUUUAUUAAACUAGGCGUUUAUGGCCCUGUACAAAGUGAAUAAAUUAUUGCAUGGAAUUUCGCGACCAUGUAAUAUGUGUACGAUCGAUUGGAAGCGAGGUUAAGGUGCGUAUAAUCAGGUCAGUACAGUCAGUCCAGUUUAAAGUUCGUCAGUGGUUACGCUCUUAUAUCACAGAAUCCACCAGUUUGCGAGCUAACAAGGGCCAGCGGGUCAAGUCAUGUCAGUCACAGGUCCAGUCGUCCUACAUGUAACCUCUUCUUCCUCUGCACACAGAUUAAUUGUUCUCUUAUUCUAAAAACAAUCGUCGUCACACUCCUUACAAACGUACUUCAACCGACUCGAGGCUCCACCAACGCCACACGUGUUGUUCAGGAAAUCGCUCAAGUUCGACGAAAGGGACAUCAAAUGUUCGUUCUUGGCUACGCAGACGUGCGUAGAAAGUCGGCAUUCGUCCGCGUUCUGUACCAGCUCGAAGUUACACUCCCUGUAGGGUUGAUCGGUGUUCCAAAGGUACAGCUCCGCCUCGCUGCGAUACCGAAGAAUAACACCGUUACCACCAUCCGUACCCAGCAGGACGGAGUGUUUCCUUUUCGAUCCCAUCUCAACAAUUGCACUCGAACCCUUGCCGCUGCGCAGAUGUUCAGACUUUAUCGAGUAAACCUUUUGGCCGCAAAGGUAGCUGAAGAUAACGAUGCUCUGUCCCUUGGGCUUCGGGAUGAGUAGCAGAUAGAGCACAUCAGAGUCACCGCAACCGGCCGAGAUGGCUCGCGGAAGCACGACGCGGAAAUUUUUAUUGUUGUUCACGUCGAGCACAAUGAUUGCACCAUCACCGUCGGAAAUGUAGCUGUUGGUGGACAGGACGAUUAAAUUGGUACGCAGUGUCUAGCGGUGAGGAACGCAAUGCGACAAAGUACUUACACAAAUGGAUGUCCCAUUUCGUUGUAAUCCGUUACAAGAUACUGCAAGCGGGAGCUAGAUUUCACAAUCUCCGACAGAUCGAUCGUUUUGACCGUCUUGUCGUUGCUCAGCGUGAAGGCGAACACCUUUGGCGGACACCGUUUGAUCGGUUGUUCCAGGAAGUUUGUAAUUCCAGAAUCAAGACACCACAUAAUGCGCUAAUACAGUACGGAAAGGAAGUGGUUAUUGGUACGAACGGUUAGCCUGGUUUUUCAUCUGCCACCAACGAAGCUUACCUUCACAUCGGUGUACACAUCAAUCACUGAUUGGAAUGAGUUGCAGUUACCCUCUUCCUGGUAGGCCCAGCACGGGAACGGUUUAAUGUGCGCAUAGCAGUUCGGUUUGUUCAGAUCGAUCUGUCCGAGCGUGGUAGGAACACCGGCCCGUAAUCUUGGCAGGCAUAUCAGGGCCCGAUGGUUGUCGUACUGAAACCGUACCGGCAUCACAUUCCGAGGCAUGUAGCGCUGGGUCGAGAUGUAGAUAUUCUUCGUAGAUUCGCAGGGAAAAUCGAUCGAAUUGCCAUUGAUGCGAUAGACUUUGUCACAGUAUUCGUGCUCUUCGUGACUCCCCAAAACCGAAACAAGCACAAAUAGCAGGGCCAACACCUGCCCUGACGUACGGGAACCCAUCGCUAGCUGU